UUAAUACAGAGGAUUUCUGUGUAUAUAUAUUCACAAACAUAAAUUCACACUGUUAAUAUCUGGUAUGUGGCUGAGUGGAUUAAUAUGAACUACUUAAUACUGAAAAUACUACUUUAUACUUAAUACUACUUCUCGAAAGCUGAAAAAAUCUCUAUGUUGAAGCAAGGGGAAUACCUUCUGUACUGGGUUCAGUUCAGUAACAAAUCCUAGAGCUCAGAAAGUGGGGGCUUAUUUAAUAUCAUGCACUAUUUUAAAAAAAAAGUAGAUGUACAGUAUGUGUAGAGUAAGGGAAAGGAAAGGAAAAGUGAAAAUCUGUUCACACAGUAUUCCACAAAGAAUAUUAAAGUUGUGGAAGACGCUGUAAAAGACAAUUAUUGUAAUUAUUGGUUAUUUCUGAUUUCUGACAGAUUUACACGUAUACUGCACACUCGUCGUUUUGGAGACUUAUUUACAUGGCAUUUACAAAUAGUGUGUUAUGAUGUGGGAACGGUAUAUAUGUACUGUAGAACACAUUGCUUUCAAAGACUUCACCUCGCAUCUUUAAAUACAUUUCACGAGCUGUAAAGCUGCAACCAAUAAUUAUGUUUGGACAGACUACAACUCAAUAGCAAUAAGCGAGGUUCAGUAUUCAAUAUUCUUCAAGUAAUAGAGAGAAAAAAAUAUUUUUAAACGUAGAUGACUAACUUAAAUAUGAGACUCCUAAUGACUUCGAGCCUGGGAUAUACAGUAGUAUUGCCACUUUCACAGGGCUACUCGAGGGUUUUUCGCUCGCUGCAAGAGUAUUUAAUCUUGCUUUCCUACGGACAAAGAGCUCAAACAAUGCAAACAACACAAAAUGGUAUUUGUCCUCCACAGCACCCAGCAAAAACCGAGAACCAGUUGCACCGGUCGGUGGCAACCAGUGGCGUCUUACAAAAGUCACGUCUGGGGUGAUUUCGGACAUGAUGGGUCCAAGCAAUGAAUUAGAAAGGCUCCGUCUGACAAUCGGAGCACACCAAUCACAGAUGACAAUCUCAGAAAGACGAAUAUGGUGUCGCCCAAUCACAGGAAAAGGCAAAGGGGUGGUCCUUUUCAAUAUAGUGGCGUGCACUAGAGAGGAAGUGGGAGAAUUGGCUGGGGAUGGAGUUGCUUUUCGGCGGUCUGUGAUAGGUUGGUUGGGGUAUAGGUAUAAACGUAGCUGUGAAAAAGGAUACAUUAAGAAAAAUUCUUGGCCUGCUGCACCCUGUCACAGGGACAGAGAUGUCAAAUAGUGUGUCCUGCUGGAUCCUGCAGUGUGUGAAGAGUCGUGCCGUCUACCUCCGUGGUCAGCGCAGACUGUGUUCCACAUGUUGCUGCCCUGACCACACUGCAGGCAGAUGGAGAAGAAGAAGCCUGCUGAGCUGCUUCUCGCAGAAGGACGCCAAACGUGGCAUCUUCAACUCACGCCAUUCCGUCCGGAACUCGUCCACCCAGGAGGUGCUUCAGUUCCAGCUCUCUCCAGUGCAGAUCAACAACGUCCUCCGAGCCAACGAACAGUCUACCCGAAUCCCCGAAUUUGAUGGGAAGGGUGUCAGCUCAGUGCUCAGAUUUGAAAGUAACCAGCUCCCCGCCAACUCUCCCAUUGAAGACCGCCGUAGUGCCGCCACCUGCCUGCAGACCAAGGGAAUGAUGUUUGGGGUCUUUGACGGCCACGGCGGUUACUCCUGCGCACAAGCGGUAAGCGAGCGGCUCCUGUACUACAUUGCUGUGGCCCUCAUGUCGGAGAAGGACCUCCAGGAGAUCGAGAGCGCUAUGGAGAACCUGAAGCCAGUACUGCCCAUUCUGCAGUGGUACAAGCACCCCAAUGAUCAUAAUUACAGGGAUUCUGCUUCUCUCUACGUAGACCACCUCAGGGUCUUCUGGCAGGAGCUUCUAAGUAAUGAUCAUGGUGAGGGCCUUGGCACAAAAGAUGCCUUGGAGUAUGCCUUCAAGAGGCUGGACUCUGAUAUUUCCCUGGAAGCGCAGGUGCCACUGGACAAUGACCUGAUGAAGAACACCGCCAUCCAGGUGGCGUUUGCUGGCUCCACCGCCUGUGUGGCUCACGUGGACGCUGAAGGCAUACAUGUGGCCAAUACAGGGGACAGUCGGGCCGUCCUGGGGGUCCAAGAGGAAGAUGGAAGCUGGUCUUCCCUCCCGCUUUCCUACGAUCACAACGCCCUCAACGAAGCCGAGCUAGCGCGGGUGAGAUCGCAGCACCCCAAGUCGGAAGAGAACUCUGUGGUGAUGGAUGACAGGCUACUAGGUCUCCUGAUGCCUUUCAGGGCUUUUGGGGACGUCCGGUUCAAAUGGAGUAAAGAUCUUCAGGAGAGCAUCUUGGAAAAUGGCUAUGAUCUGGAAUCCCUCAAUAUCUACCAUUACACACCGCCUAAUUAUCUCACACCUCCGUACUUGGAAGUGACACCGGAGGUCCUGUACCACCGAUUGAGGCCCAAAGACAAAUUUCUCAUCUUGGCCUCCGACGGCCUGUGGGACAUGAUGAGUAGCGAUGAAGCGGUGAAGCUGGUGGCUGAGCACUUAACGGGGGUCCAGUUCCAGGAGCGGGUGGCAGUCGGUGACCGGCAGAUAAACCUGGGGCAGAUGCAGAGCCUGCUGCUGAAACGCAGGGCCAAGGCCGUCCCCUCGCUCGAUCUCAACGCCGCCACGCGCCUCAUCCGCCAUGCCGUCGGCACCAAUGAGUACGGGGAAAUGGACCAGGAGCGGCUGGCAACCAUCCUGAGCCUGCCCGAAGACCUGGCCAGAAUGUACAGGGACGACAUCACCGUUACAGUCGUUUACUUUAACUCCGACCUCUUCAAGCGGCACGAGGGUCACGGCAGCUGAGCUUCUCCUGGGUCAUUUUUGCUGGCUGUUCGAUAGAUGGGAAUUCCCUAGAUUUAAUGGGGCCUGUAGUAACAAGAUGUCUUUGUUUUUACUUGGUUUUGGGAGAUUGGGUGUUUGUCAUAGAUGGUCCUGAGAUUCUUGCCUGUCAUAAUUUUACAGUUAUUUUUUUUUUUUACUCCUGCAGUGGUACCCGUGCAGUUUUCUAUUAACGGUCUUCAGGCCUCUUUUCCAGAAGGUAGACUGUACCUUGACUGUGUCCAGCAUUCAAAGAAGUGGAAAUGUAAGAAGGACACUAGACAUCCCUUCCAGUGCCUGGUGUUAAGGUCAGUUUGAUAAUUCUCUGUCCUGAUGGUUUUCCUUUUAAGAUUUGUAUUACAUUGCAGUAUAGGUGGAGGAAUAUUUCAGAACAAAUUGUGGCACACCACCUGUAUCCCAUGUUUUUAAUGUAAUAAAGUCUCUGUCUUAAAGAAGGACCAGGUGACUUAUAAAGCCUCCUUAUACAGGGCUGUUGGCAGCUGGCAAAGACAUCUGCUGAAAAAGAACCUUUCUCCCGAAAGUGUGUCUGAACCAAAUAAAACCCAAACGCCAGCUGUAUGCUACACAGUGCACCCCAUUAAAAUUUAACUGUGAAGAGAUUUAAACUGCUGCAAAUAAUAUUUAAUAUUAACCCGAGCGAUAAAAAAAUCUGCAGUUAUGGGUUAUAUAAUAUUUGCCCUUAAAGAGCAGUGCCCUGAUUAUGUAUUGUAUAGCUAUGCUACUUUGUCACUAUAUAUGAUGCCAAACUUGCACAUUGCCAGUUUUUACCUCUUGAAUGUUUUUAGCUUUCUGACAUGCUACAUUGCAUGCCAAAUUCCAUAUAAUGUGUACCCUACUGUAGAAGAGGAGUGGGUGUCUCUUGGACAGUUUUGCACCAAACCUAUAGCAGUUGCUCUUCAUGUCAACUGGUUUUACCACCAUCAAAAGUGUGUGCCCCCACAGGUUUCAAAGCAUCAGGGGGGAAAUACAAAGAUGAAGUGUUUGUAUAGCUUUCAUUUGUGUUGUGUCAAGAUUUUAAGUAUUUUUUAUGAAUAUUUUUUAAAUUUGUUAGAACUUACCUAAAUGGGCAAUACUUCAUUCAGAAAUCUAAAAUAUCUGGUACUUGUGUUAUUCAGAUAUUUCUGCAUAAACAUGUUUCUUUCUUUCUUAUCUAUUACUAUUCUUUUGCACUGUAUUAAACCCAUUGGCAUAAUUUAAAAGAUAAUUAAAACAUGGGAUGUUGUGUUGGAUAUAAGAUUAAAAGUUUCCUUUGGUGUACUAAUUUUAGGUUUUUACCUUUUAAAAUGUUUUUUUUUUAUCAAAUGUUUUACUAUUCCUUAGCCUUUUCAGAUGUCUUGUACAUCUCUGUGAAUUGUAACUGUUUUACUUCUGUGUAACUAAGUAAAGAUAUUUUUCAAACUAU